CUUCUUGUUUUUCUCUUCUCUUCUUUUCUCUUCCCUUCUCUUCUCUCCUUCUUAUCGUUUUGGAUGUUUGUCUUUUUUUUCUUACUUGACAAAUGUUGUUCUCUUGCCGUUGUUGGUUUUAUUCCUGUUUCUCUCCUUUGCGUGUCUUGAGUGUUUUCUGCACAGCCAUAAACGAUGCCAUGUGUGGACUUUUCUUUUUCUUCUGCUUUUUUUUUUCUACCCCUUUGGCUGCAUACCCACAUAGUGUUGCUUUGCGGGAUCUCCUUUUGCGUUCGGCUUUGGCAGUGGAGCGAUGGGAUUCAGCGAUUCUCUCUUGUUGCGCUUACUUUUUUUGGAGGCUGUUUCGUUCCUCUUGUUACCUAUUUAACAGCAUGUUUUCCUAUGCUGUUACUAAAAAUGGGAAGAUUUAAAUGAGAGGCUUUUCUUUUCUUUUCUCUUCUUUUCUUUUCUCUUCAUUUUGCCUUCAUUUUUCGGACGGCAUUGAUGCUGUUCCUUUUCUGUUCAGCGUUAUCAGUUUCUUGGG